AUGUUUGAUCCCUUAGACCUAUACACCGCGGAACCACCCACUGUGGAUGACUCUCUAGUAAUAACCGACCAUUCUGUCGCAGGCACUGAUUGUGACAAGCAAUUUGCAAAUGAUGUCGAGGAGGAUGAGGAUUACAUUGUUGAUAUAUUAGAUCUUCCUCCCUGCUCACUUGCACCACCCCAAGUUAUUUUAAUUGUGCUCAUAUUGCUAAGACCCAGAGAGCAACUGAAUUUUGCGAACAACGAUGACAAUAAGGAAGAUAUACCACUGGAGCUAGAUAAUAAUGACGAACCAAUGCUCAACGACCUAGUUCAAUGGUACACAAUUAAUUGGCCUCAUGAGAAACUGAAUACAAAAGACAAAUUGCUACGAAAUAUACCGCGAACCACAUCCAUAGUUUCUCAUGAAUCACUAUUGAAAUUCUACACAUCGGUAUUGCAGUAUUAUAGUAAGGCAGAAGCAACAAAAGAUAGUAAUGAAUAUGUGAAAAGAAUUCUCAAGGAGGUCAGCUUAAGAAUAGCCGAGAAUUGUGGCAGAACUGCACAACCAGCAAUUCAAAGGAAGUUCAGAAUCAAAAACCUUGAUAAGACAAUAAUGCUACAUGAACCAUCGCUUACAGCAGACAAUUUAGGCUGGAAAACAUGGGGAUCAUCAUUGAUAUUGGGAGAAAUAGUUGUCAGUUAUCUCGAAAAUUUAUCAUCCACAUUUGAGUCUAACAGAAAGGUACGAACACUAGAAUUAGGCGCUGGUACUGGACUAGUCGGUAUAGCAUGGGCAGCUAAAUGGCGGGAUAAGUUUUGUAAUAGCAAAACAGAAAUAUAUCUUACUGAUUUACCUGAAAUUGUUGAUAAUUUGAAAGACAAUGUCAAAAUAAAUAAUCUUCAAGAUAUUGCAACUGCUGAUGUUCUGGACUGGACAAAUCCUGAUACCUUCACAGAGAAGUAUGGAAACGAACGAUUUGAUUACAUUGUUAUUGCUGAUCCUAUUUACUCUCCACAACAUCCAGAAUGGGUAGUUAACAUGAUAGUAAAAUUUUUGGAAGUCAAUGGUAUCUGUCACCUUGAGAUACCGCUUAGAGAAAGAUAUAGUAAAGAACGCGAUUAUCUGUGGAGAUUGCUUGAAGAACAUAACCUUGACGUGGUUCAUGAAAUUUAUAGUUCUGGUAAAGAUGAUUGGGGGAAAGUUGACUAUGUCUAUAAGAUGCUUAAAUUUAAAGCCUAA